AUGGCAGCGGCUCCAAUUGUCGAGGCCAUGCCAAUAUUGGAUACACAGACCACUGCGAAAACGGUAUCAUGGCUGGCAAGGGAUGUUGAUUUCGAUCCCAGUUCUCUCAAGUCCAAGUAUCUGGCCGAGCGAGACAAGCGUCUCGACAAUGGCGGCUUUAAUCAAUACCGACCAGUUGAGGGUUCGCUCCUAGGCUAUGUCGAGGAUCCCUACGUCCAACCUGGCUUCACGCGCGAUCCGGUUGACCUGGACUGUGAGGUCGUCAUUAUCGGCGGGGGUUACGGAGGCCAGUUAGUUGCUGUGCGGCUGAUCGAGCAAGGCAUAAACAACUUCCGCAUCAUCGAGAAAGGCGGCGACUUUGGGGGCACAUGGUACUGGAACAGAUAUCCUGGCGCUCAGUGCGACGUCGAAUCUUAUAUCUAUAUGCCUCUCCUGGAGGAAACCAACUACGUGCCAACAGAGAAGUACGCACAUUCGCAAGAGUUGCUGGCUCAUUCGCAAAGGAUCGGAAAGCAUUAUGACCUCUAUUCCCGAGCCCUCUUUCAGACCGAGGUGCUCUCCCUACGCUGGUGUGCCGAUGAGUCCCGUUGGUCUAUUGAGACGAAUCGGCAAGACAACAUUCGAGCACGCUUCGUCAUCCCCGUUGCAGGUCCACUCCAUCGACCCAAGCUUCCCGGGCUACCUGGCAUCGAGUCGUUCCAGGGCCACUCAUUCCACUCGAGUCGUUGGGAUUACGAUUAUACCGGAGGGAACGAAAACGGCGGGCUAACCAAGCUCGCCGAUAAGCGCGUAGGUAUCAUCGGGACGGGCGCCACGGCGGUCCAGCUCGUCCCGCAACUAGGGGCGUGGGCGAAGGAGCUCUACGUAUUCCAGCGGACACCCUCGUCGAUCGAUGUUCGAGGAAAUAAGCCCACUGACGAGGACUGGGCGAAGACGUUGCACAAGGGCUGGCAACAGGAACGCAUGGACAACUUCACCAUCAUCCUCGGCGGCGGCUACCAGGAGAAAGACCUCGUGGCAGACGCCUGGACCGAGUCGCUCGGCAACCUCCGCCCGAACCCGACAAAGAUGAAGUCCAUGUCCCCGGAAGCCUACGCCGCGGAGCUCCAGCUGACGGACUUCAAGAAGAUGGAAUCGCUUCGCGCGCGCGUGGACGCCAUUGUCAAAGACAAAAAGACCGCCGAGAGCUUGAAGCCGUGGUACAACCACUUCUGCAAACGGCCCUGUUGUCACGACGAGUAUCUGCAGACCUUCAAUCAACCGAACGUCCAUCUUGUAGACACCGAAGGUAAAGGGGUAGAAGCUAUCACGCCAAAAGGGGUGGUAAGUAAAGGCGUCGAGUACGAACUGGACUGCAUUGUCUACGCCACGGGCUUCGAAGUCGCUACGGACUUCUCCCACCGCGCCGGCAUGGAGAUCUACGGGCGCGACAACCUGACUUUGACCGAGAAGUGGCGCGAAGGUCCCCUGACGUACCACGGCUGGACCACCCACAGCUUUCCCAACUGCUUCCUCGUCGGCAACCUGCAAUCCGCGCUGUCGGUCAACUUUAUCCACCUCACCAACGAGCAGGCCAAACAUCUCGCCUACGUCGUGGCCGAGUGCAAGAAGCGCGGGAUCGACUCGGUCGAGGCCAGCGCCGCCGCCGAGGCCAAAUGGGUCGACACCAUCGUCGAGACCACCAAGAUGCGAUUCAACCUCCUGCGCGACUGCACCCCGGGCUAUUACAACAACGAGGGCGACUUCUCGUUGCGAGCCCGGCGCCACGCACCCUAUGGAGGCGGCGUGCUGGCCUUCAUUGACAUUUUGAAUAACUGGCGCCAGGAGAAUAAGCUCGAGGGUCUGGAUGUUGCGCGGGUCGGAAAUGGUGCGGCAUGA